AGAUGACCGAAGUAGGAAGAUUAUCCAGAUCGAGGCCUGUUCCUCUUCAGACUAGAGAGGGGGCGUGGAUCAGAUGGAAUAGGAAGAUUAUCCACUCCAUGUCCGGAUGUCCAUCUUCGAAUCUUUGGCUAUGGUCGCCGGCGCCUUCGAUUUUGGCAAAAGAAAAAAAAGAAACUAAAAAGUGGCCCACCCAAAUAUACAGCGCCAUCAAUGGAGCAAUUAAUGCAAUUAAUGGCUCACCAUCUUCUCUCAUUGACUCUGCCCCCUCCCUCUUCUCUGCGUUUACAUCCUCUCUCUAUUUUCUUUCUACCCAUUAAGAAUAUGAAAAACCAUAUGAUGCCAAGAAUAUGGAAAGCCCAGCCCAUUAAAAAUAUGAAAAACCCCAUUAAAUAUGAAAAGUCCCUAAAAGCCCAAUGAAAGCCCAGAAUAUGAAAAGUAUGAAGCCCAUAUGAUGAAAGCGAUAAUUUGUACCACUUGUCAAAAUUAUAUCAGAAAGAUAUCUUUUGUUGGUGGACGAUCCGAUCAGACGGCAAUCACUGAAGUAGUUCAGCGGCUCAAUAAAUGCUAUGUACUCAUUUUCUCUUAAGAUUCUCCAAAUCUUCAAUCGUUCUCCAUUUCUCCAUCAAUGGCCGGAUUUUUGGCAACUAUUCGGCGCCUGUACCUCUCCAUCUACAAUUGGACUCUCUUCGUCGGAUGGGUUCAGGUGUUCUAUUUCUCAGUCAAGCAAUUGAAGGAAUCUGGUCACCAACAGGUAUAUAAUGCCGUGGAACGUCCUCUUCAGUUUGCUCAAACUGCAGCUGUUUUAGAGAUUCUCCAUGGCCUCGUUGGGCUUGUGAGAUCCCCUGUAACAGCAACGUUACCACAGAUAGGUUCUAGAUUGUAUUUGACUUGGGGCAUCUUAUGGAGUUUCCCUGAGGUUAGGAAUCAUGUACUUGUUUCCUCCUUGGUCAUCAGCUGGUCUAUCACAGAGAUUAUCCGGUAUUCAUUUUAUGGCAUGAAGGAGGCGUUUGGUUUUGCACCUUCAUUGCUCCUAUGGCUAAGGUAUAGCACAUUCCUCUUGCUGUAUGUAACAGGCAUCACUAGUGAAGUUGGUCUGGUCUAUCUGGCUCUUCCUUUCAUGAAGGAAUCAGGGAAGUAUUCUUUUAGAAUGCCAAACAAAUGGAACUUUUCUUUCGAUUACCUCUAUGGAGCGAUGCUUAUUCUUGCAAUCUACGUGCCAGGAAGUCCACAUAUGUACCGCUACAUGCUUGUUCAGAGGUCAAAAGCUCUCUCAAAAUCCAAAAAAGAGUAGAAAAAAUGAAGGUUAAUGUUAUUCUCUCGUUCAGUUUGUCUUAAUUCAGUGUACUUUCCGAAUAUUUAUCCUUAAUUUUCAUUUUUGAUGUGCUUAGUCUUGUUAAGGACAUUUUGUUUCCUCCCUUAAUAAAUUUGUCUACAGAGAUUGACUUCUUAAUCUAA